AUGAUCACCUUUCGGGCCUUGUUGUUGACAGGCUUGGUCACGAGCGCAAUAGCGUCGGCGCCCAGUCUGAACCUUUUCUAUGGGAAAUAUGGCUUCAGCAAACUGCGCAUUAAUAACGUUUUCGCGGCAAAGAACUGUGGAUGUAGUGGAACAUGGGAUCCUCCUGUGUUUGCCAAUAUCUCGGAAUACUUUGGAGCCAGUCUGGCUGAACUCAUCCCGAGUGAGAAAACAAACACAAGUGGAAAGAGCAAUGCAAUCUCACUCUCGAUUGGCCAAAACACGUACACCCUCGCUCUGGAUUACUCGGAAGGCUACGCCCACCCUCACGCCUCAAAUGCUACUGUUUGGGCCCGGCUCAUUAGCGACAUGCUGGUCGUUGGAAAUUAUACUCCGGAACAUUCUGUUAUCACUGGCGAGUACAUCAAUACUAUCGGUGGAACUCACAACCUAACUUUAAUCGUGUAUGGCGAAGCUACAUGCUCCGGUGUGUUCGAGCCUUGUGCGAAGGUAAAUCCCUCGGAAAUCGUACAGCAGCCUACGGGAGUUACUGUUGGAGCUAGGCUGGACUGGAGCGACAAGGAAACCCUUAAGAAGCAUAUCCAAUACCCAGUUUACAAUACGACUUCUCUGCACGAAUUGAUCAUUACCAACGCAUCGCUUCCUGCAUUCAUCUAUCAUGAGGAAAUUGGUGCAGUUGUCGAUACCUCAACUAUCCGCAUCGGCUCGAAUAACAACCACAACCUUCAGGAACGUCAGUGUGUUACGAGUUCUUAUUACGCUUUCUAUAAUGAAGGCGCCUGGGCCACAUGGGGUCAAUGGACCCCAACUUCUGGAUGUCUCUAUACUGGAUUAGAUGAUGCUGGUGGAAGCUUAGGCUUUUCGAUCGGCUUUAGUAUGUCAUAUGCUGAAUCAUGGAGCUUUGGUGGUAAUGGCAUCGUUGCGGGCCUGAGCCCUUCUUUCACUUUUACACUCACCGAGCAGUACAGUUGGACAUGGUCAUACACCUGCAAUGUGCCAGCUAACAGUGUCGGGCAAGUUUACCAACGGCAGUUCGCUGGGUAUGGUUAUGUAUAUGCGCAAUUGUGCUACAAUGCCGGCGCAUGUGGUAUUACUUGCGGUGCUGCCCAGGGUCCUAAUUAUGCUGGAGCCCCUGACAUGGCCGCUUUGAAUUACGGCUGUAGCACCGGCUGUAGCAACGUGGCAUGUGCAUCUUACCCAGGGUGGACUAAUUUAAAUGUUUGGUCACCCUCACCCCCAAACUCUUGUUAG